UUUGGAUUACUUUAGCCGAUCUCAUUGUUGGCUCUUCGGUUGGCCGCUUCUCGUCAUUUGUACUAUUAUUUUGCAUGUAUUUGUACUGUAUAUUUGAAUUGUUUCUUGUAUUUUGUUUUUGUGCACCAUCACAAUUCUAGCACCCUUACACGCUCGCACAUUAUCUUAUUGUUCUUUUUUCUCAUUCUCUAGUUUGUCUUUCCAUUGCCAUCCGUAAACAUGCCUGUGCGCCCGAAAGCGCAGAGUACCACUGAACCCGCUUUAACGCUUAGCGACACAAACACCCUGGAGCUGGAUAUAGCUAAACACGUUUAUUCGGACUACGCGUACGACAUCCACAACCCCAAGCACAAAAUUGCUCACAGCAGCCGGACAGUGCGGAUUUAUGGCACGUUUAUUGCGGCCAGAGCAGACAGAAGAAAGGCAAUUUCGACGCUGCUAGAUAAAAACGAUAAGGGCCAGCCCAGCCAAAAACAACAUUCAGCCGACAUAUUGAAGCGCGAGCUCGCACGGACGACGUUCGAGAUAAUCCGCCAGGCGCAUGGCUUGCGGCAAGAGAGCAAGUAUGCACACCGCAAGUGGCGAGACAUGUAUUGGCAGAUCCACUCCCAGCAAGCCAAAAACUGGUAUGCGUUGCAGGCAAGCGCUCUACUGGUCCAAAUGGCCCCCGUUUUGGAGCAAGCAAUGCCAAUGAUGCUCAAGGUAUGCCCAGAGGCCGCAGUGCUGUCCAGGCUGCCGUCAAUGGCAAAGCGAGCGUUGGAUUGGACAAGCGGGUGCCAUGUCGAGCUGGUACAAGCAAAGGCAGAUACGGGCAUUGCAAUGGACUUUUAUGGCGAAGUAAUGGAUCUUUCAGAUCAGUUUCUUGCCGACGAAAAGAAAACAGCUGCCUUUUGUGAGAUCGACCUGAAAAUUGACAUUGUAGCCAAGGAUCGAAAAACUCGUUCUGACAAGCAGGCAUCGGUCAACGCAAAUGGGCGACGUACCAAUCAUCCCAACCAUUGCAAUGGCGUUAGCGACCAUAUUCAACCGAGCAAGGAUAUAAUGCAGUUGCAGGUGAUUGGCCAUGUAUUUGUCUCCGACAUGCGAGAGCUGCUCGGGGUAACUCGCAAUUCAAUAUAUAAUGUUGCACAUUCUGUUGUUAUGAACGAGCAUACCGCCAUACUGAAGGCGAUAGAUGCCCUGGAGGAUGCAAUGCGCCAGAGAGACUGCAACGCGCUCUUAAACCACAUGGGGGGCACAAGCUACGCGUUUGAGCCCGCGCUCGACCACGUCGACAGCUCAAUAGCUGGUGUGCGCACACAACUGAACGACCUGCGUGUUGCCUUUGCCAAGUCCGUUGAUACGUGCAGCCCAGAGUUCACCAGCAGCGCGUGGGUCUCAGAGUUCGACAUGGGCGCGGCACUUGCAAGCAUGGCGUUGAGCGAGCAUGUUUUAAGCAAAGGGCAAGCGACUUUGGGAGCAGAGCAGAGGCAUAACAAGGCUCGCGAAUAGAACAAAUGUGCUUGAAAUGUCCUGUUUUCCAUGCCUAAAUUCACAGCCGUUCAUAUACAUUUUUUUUGAAAAUAGCGACAAUCAUGUU